UCAUGGUAUGAGAGUAAAUGAGGCAAAAACAGAAUUCUUGGUGAUGGGCACGAAACAAAUGCUUAAGAAUGUUGGCAAUACGCUCCAGUCGCUCACAACCAGCUCCGCCAUGAAGACAUUCAUUGUAGCAGCCCUGGUGGCCACCGCCGCCGCCAGCGGUAUCAGCCCCAUCCUGUCCGGCACCGGCGCCCUGGCCGUGCCCGCGCUGGCUGGCCGUGGCCUUGGCUACGGCAAGGCCGUCGGCUACGGCAAGGCCGUCGCCGUCGACUACGCCGAGCCGCGGCCGUACCAGUACCAGUACGCCAUCGAUGACCCCAACUACGGACCGAUGGCCGCCAAACAGGAGGUGUCGGACGGUGCCGGUAACGUGCAGGGCUCGUACUCCGUCAACCUGCCCGACGGCCGCACCCAGAUCGUCAAGUACGUCGCCGACGGAUACAGCGGCUUCAACGCCGAGGUCAGCUACGAGGGCUACGCCCAGCACCCGCAGGUGGCUCGCGGCUACGGCAUUGGAGGCAUCGGUGUGGGCGCCGUGAAGAAGGUCGCCGCUGUGCGUCCUCUGAUCGCCACAAAGCGCGUGAGCCUGCUGGGAGGCGGCAUCAGCACCGGAGCCGGCCUGGGCCUGCUCGGCGGAAAGAGGAUCGGCGCCAUUGGUGCCGGAGCCGGCCUGGGCCUGGUGGGCAGGCCCAUCGGCGUGGCCAAGACCGGGCUGGGUCUUGUGGGCCGUCCCAUAGGACUCAACACACUGGCGUACGGCCACUAA